AUGUUUCUUCAGUCAGUCAGUCUCUGGAACCUGGCGUUUUAUGCCCUUAUGGUUUUCAUGGCGACCCUGGGGCUGUGGGACGUCUUCUUCGGCUUCGAGGAGAACAAGUGCAGUAUGAGCUAUAUGUUUGAGUACCCGGAGUAUCAGAAAAUAGAACUUCCAAAGAAACUGGCAAAACGCUAUCCUGCAUAUGAAUUAUAUCUUUAUGGAGAAGGAUCCUAUGCUGAAGAACACAAAAUUCUCCCUUUGACUGGUAUUCCAGUUCUCUUUCUUCCUGGUAAUGCUGGAAGUUAUAAGCAAGUUCGUUCGAUUGGUUCUAUUGCACUUAGAAAAGCAGAAGACAUUGACUUCAAGUACCACUUUGACUUCUUUAGUGUGAAUUUCAAUGAAGAACUGGUGGCACUGUAUGGUGGAAGUCUUCAGAAACAGACGAAGUUUGUACAUGAAUGCAUUAAAACAAUUCUCAAACUCUAUAAGGGUCAAGAAUUUGCUCCAAAAAGUGUGGCAAUAAUUGGUCAUUCUAUGGGUGGCCUUGUUGCAAGAGCAUUGCUUACAUUGAAAAAUUUUAAACAAGAUCUGAUAAAUCUUCUUAUCACACAAGCCACCCCUCAUGUUGCUCCUGUGAUGCCAUUAGAUCGUUUUAUAACAGACUUUUAUAUGACUGUAAACAACUAUUGGAUUCUAAAUGCUAGACACAUAAAUUUAACCACGCUUUCUGUAGCUGGAGGAUUCCGGGAUUACCAAGUUCGUUCAGGACUGACUUUUCUACCAAAAUUAAGCCAUCAUACCAGUGCCUUAUCUGUUGUGAGUUCAGCAGUGCCUAAGACCUGGGUCUCAACAGACCACCUUUCCAUUGUAUGGUGUAAACAAUUACAAUUGACUACAGUUCGAGCAUUCUUUGAUCUUAUUGAUGCUGAUACUAAACAAAUAACUCAAAAUCCCAAGAAGAAAUUGUCGGUUUUGAAUCACCACUUUAUAAGACACCCAGCAAAACACUUUGAGGAAAAUCCAGCAAUAAUUUCUGACUUAACAGGGACAUCUAUGUGGGUUCCAGUGAAAGUGUCCAAAUGGACCUAUGUGGCUUACAAUGAAUCUGAUAAGAUAUAUUUUACAUUUCCUCUUGCAAAUCAUAGAAAAAUCUACACUCAUGUCUAUUGUCAGAGCACCAUGCUGGAUACAAAUAGUUGGAUUUUUGGCUGCAUAAACAGCACUUCUAUGUGCCGGCAAGGGAUUGAUUUAUCAUGGAAAGCUGAACUACUGCCAACAAUUAAGUCUCUGACGUUAAGACUUCAAGACUAUCCAUCUUUGUCUCAUCUUGUUGUUUAUGUACCAUCUAUUCAUGGAAGUAAGUUUGUUGUAGAUUGUGAAUUCUUUAAAAAAGAGACAAGGUCCAUUCAGCUUCCUGUAACUCAUCUUUUUUCCUUUGGACUGUCUUCAAGGAAAGUGAUAUUAAAUACAAGUGGCCUGUUUUAUAAUAUAGAACUUCUAAACUUCAGACAGAUAUACCAGGCUUUUAAAAUCAACGUAGUAAGCAAGUGCUCAGGAGUCAAAGAAGAAAUAACUAGUAUUUAUAAACUUCAUAUUCCUUGGUCUUACGAAGAUUCCUUAACUAUUGCACAGGUACCAUCUUCCACAGAAAUUUCUCUGAAACUCCAUAUUGCUCAACCAGAAAAUGACAGCCAUGUAGCAUUAUUAAAAAUGUAUACAUCUUCAGACUGUCAGUAUGAAGUGACAGUUAAGACUUCCUUUUCACAAAUACUUGGACAGGUAGUUAGAUUUCAUGGUGGAGCUCUUCCUGCUUAUGUUACAUCUAGUAUCCUUCUUGCUUAUGGAGGACAGUUAUACUCUCUCUUCUCAACAGGUCAUUGCUUAGAAUAUGCUACUAUGUUGGAUAAAGAAGCCAAGCCAUACAAAGUUGAUCCUUUAGUAAUUAUGAUUAAGUUUCUGUUGGGAUAUAAAUGGUUUAAGGAAUUAUGGGAUGUGUUACUGUUACCAGAAUUAGAUGCCAUCGUUUUAACUAGUCAGAGUAUGUGUUUCCCCCUUGUAUCCUUGAUUCUCUUUCUGUUUGGAACAUGUACUGCCUACUGGGGUGGCCUACUUUCUUCUACAUCUGUGAGACUCCUUUCUUCAUUGUGGCUAGCUUUGAAAAGGCCCUCUGAACUUCCUAAAGAUAUCAAAAUGAUAUCAGCAGAUUUGCCCUUUUUGACAAUUGUUUUGAUCAUAGUUAGUUGGACAACCUGUGGAGCAUUUGCCAUACUGCUUACUUAUCUUUAUUAUGUGUUUAAGAUUGUUCAUCUGCAAGCCAGCCUAACAACUUACAAAAAUAGCCAGACUGUGAAUCCCAAACACUCUAGAAGAAGUGAAAAAAAAUCAAAUCACCAUAAAGACUCUACAGUACACUAUCUUCGUUUAUCUGCCAAUGAUGCUGAAGAUAGUCUUCGCAUGCACAGUACUGUGAUUAACUUACUAACAUGGAUUGUAUUACUCAGCAUGCCAUCUUUAAUUUAUUGGUUAAAGAAUCUCAGGUAUUACUUUAAACUUAAUCCUGAUCCAUGUAAACCUUUGGCAUUUAUUCUUAUUCCAACUAUGGCAAUUCUUGGAAAUACUCACACUGUUUCAAUAAAAUCCAGUAAAUUGUUGAAGGCUACUUCACAAUUUCCACUUCCUCUGGCUGUUGGUGUAAUUGCUUUUGGGUCAGCACAUUUAUACAGGGUUCCAUGCUUCAUUUUCAUUCCUCUUUUACUCCAUGCAUUAUGCAACUUCAUGUAAGACUGAAUUUAAGGAAUGAUAAAAAUAAUUACAACUUUAGGGUCAGUAAGAAGAGAGAAUGCACAGAUUCAUCAAUGUGGACAGCAAGAUCCUUUGGAGAAGACCAGUCUAUUUUUACAAUAUUGAAAAUAGGAAAUUAGUUUUAUAAUGCUUGAGAAAAGUAGUUGAAGCAUGGUUUUGUUUUGUGGUAUGGCAUCUGUGUACUAGUCAUUUUUGAAAAGGGUCUGGUGGCCACUGUUUUUGAGGACUUCUGCAUAUCAGCUAUUCUGCUUAAUUGGCCAUACUGGGGAUCUUCUAAAUACUCAGUAAAUGUAGCAUUGCUUGUAAUCUCAACUCAAGCAUUCUGCUCAUUUCAUCAAACUUUCUUCUGAAAAGUCAGUUACUUUGUAUUUGCUACAGCAUGCAUAUUGAGAAAUCAGUCUUAAAAGAUGAAUGAAAAAGAAAAAGAUCAAUGAAAUUCACAACUGUUUGGUUUCUCAAAAAUGAAAUAACCUCAAAGAGUCAGUUUUGGCAGCCACAGUGAACAAGGCAGAUCUUUGUUUUCUUACAUCUAUGAAAAUACAACUUUUAAUUUUAAGGAGACAUGUUUUCUUGGUAACCAAUGGAAGAUUGGUGAACAUAAUUUAAACUCAAAACUUAGUGAAAUUUUCUCACUACUUUUCAAAUACAGAUCUUAUUUUGUAUUCUUGGUGAAUAUCAGGAGUCUAUUAAAGAAAUCUCUCAUUAAAUUUAAAGAAAAUUGUCCCAGAUAUUUACUUAUUGAUGUUGGAGCGGUACAGUUGUUCAGUAUGUACCAUUUUAUUUAAUUCAUUGACCCAAUGGUUGCCAAAAGUGCCUCACAUCAUGAUGGAUUUUUAAAAUAACUAAAUUCCAGUGGUCAGAAAAAAACUCUAGGUUUGCAGUUUUUGUCUACUGUAGAAAAAAAGUCAGCGUGAUCAAGUGGUGUACCACAUUUGAUAUGUAAAAUUAUACUAUUAAUGGAAUAACCAACUGUUACCCAUUAAUAGCAUAAGUAUAAACAGUAUACCUAAAUAAAUUGGAGGUUUUAGCCACUAGUUUUAACAAUGGCAUCUUAAUUUGCCAAGGUGAUUACCUUGGUUUGACAGAAAAGAGAGUAAUAUUUCUAUUUCAUUUGAGACUUCAGCUCGCUUUUAGCUACAGAAGAGUAGGUAAUGGAGC